AUGGCUGACACCAUCACCAUCACCAUCAAGAACAGGUCUACGGCUGAGCUGGCCUUUUUGCUCUUCCAAACCCUUACUACUCCGAGCGGUAUUUAUCGUGAAGAAGUCUUUACCCAUCGAUCCUCUGCUAUUGGUGGUAACGCUAAUGACCAGGUCACAUUCCAAAUUUCAAAGGAGUAUUUCGGCGUACAUGGUACCAACAUGGCAAGCCCAAACGAGAGGGUUAAAAUAUGCACUACAGGCUAUUCCAAGGCUACGCUUCAGUCGACUUCCUCAAGUGGUGCUGUGAAUGGUUCUACCUUUUACCUCAGUACUUUGAAUAGAGAUGGGGUCUUCCCAAUAUUCAAACAUACGGCUCAGACGACUACUGCUAAACAAGCCUUCACAAUCCGGACAGAUGAAGCCUUCGGUUACAUGAACAAGGAUAGCAUAUAUCUGGGAGUUGGCGCCACAGAUCCAAAGACUGGGAGGGUGAUUCCGAUUCAAACAAACAAGGCGGAACCAAAUUUCACUACUGUAUUUUAUCCUCAGCCCAGAUACUAUAUCUGCUAUGGUAAUUUUGAGCCAGGGUCGGUUGUAAAGAAGUUCGAGAUGGGCAGGGUACUCUGUUUGGAUUUCACAGGGACUUCACUGAAGGAUGUAGCCUUCACACUUGAUGAGCACUAUGAAUACCAGAUUGACCCUGCCAUGGUGGAAUCCAGCUUUUUAUGGAAGUCAGAAAUAUUUGAAAGUUGA